UUUUCUUUCGCUUUCAAAUCUUCAAACUGGUCUCGACCAAUGAGGACGUCUUACGGCUAUCAAAACUUUGUGUUUGUAUCCUCCAUUCCUAUGUGUACAUACAUGCAUGCAUGCAUGCAGUGUGUACUGCAUACGCGAGCAUGCCUGCUUUUUGCUCUACUACCGUUUCGGCUAAACAGCUGUUGAUAAAUUUUCAAAUACACGGGUGGGACAGAGUAAUGAGUUCCUAACCUCAGACUUUCAAUGUUUUCACCCUUGCGUGCGUCAACCAAAUUCGUUGUUGAAAUUACAUUUUUUACUUUGGAAGAUGUAACGAUAUACUUCUCCUGAAAAGAACUCAUUUAAGUAUAUCAAAUGUCUGAUAAUUAUGGUUCAGUGUUCGGCACCUGGAUGUAAUAAUUCAACAACAAAAGGUUUUCUACUCAAGAGAUUCCCCAGGGACCCAGAGCGAAGAAUAUUAUGGAUGACGAACAUUCAGAAAAGAAAUUGGGAACCAACGAACAAUUCGUAUGUUUGCGAGGUUCAUUUUGAUGAAGAUCAGUGGGAAUCAAAGCGUUUGGAUCGAUUGAAAUGGAAUGCAAUCCCAACAAUAAUUCAGAAGCCUUUGAAAUAUACUAAGAGGAAGGAGCGAAAUCUGCCAAGAGUACCGAUACCAAUUCAACCAGAUUUGUCCUACAGCUUUAGCAAGGAACCUCCUCCGCUAGUUUAUUUUAUGAAAAUGCCACGUUUCGUCAGAGACAUAAACAAUUCUACAGCUGUAACAACAAAAACCGAAGUCGAGUCUGUUUCAACGUUCGAUAGUGAGGCUGAUACGAAAGAAGAAGAAAUGUACAAAUUUGUAUCUGAUAUUCAGGAAGAUAGUAAAAAAGAUGCAAUAAUUGCAGAGCUUAGAAAAGAAAUAGCAGAAAAGGAUAUGUGCAUAUUGAAAUAUGAGAAAAUUAUAUGCCAAAUGAAUUCACACCUUGAGAAGUUGAAGAAGCGACUUAAAUUUUGGAAAGACCUUAGCGAGCGGGAUAAGUGCUGUCUGAAAAAAGGGGAGAGUAUUCAUAAACCUUGUCAUACCUAGAUUACAGAAUCAUAUGGUAUUAACUUUGAAUGCAGGUACAUGGUCAAUUCAUUUUCGAAUUGUGUAACUGAUGUGAAAAUUUUCUACAAAAUUAAGUAACUACCAAUAAGGUUUUCAUCUUUGAAUUACAGCGUGUAAAAUAUGAAAGGUCAACGAACAUUGACCAUGUAAGUUACAAGUAAGCUACAGAAUCUGAAUAUCCUGUGAAGCUUAGAUGAUAGUUAGGGGUUAAGUUAUUGAUAGAGCGCAGAGAAAAAGAUUCACUUCUAUCUACGGUUCGCAACUAAAUUGAGUGUAGACUUCUGUUAUGUUAGUUAACAAUGUUCAUUAUAAUUGCUAGCGCAGGUAGAAAUUGCUAUUACUACACGGAGAGAUAGAUAGAUAGAUAGCUAGAUAGAUAGAUCAAUUAAUUAAGUUUAAGGUAGAUAGAUAGGAUUAGAAAAUAUAAGAUAUCAAUAACUUCGUUGUAAAUCGGGGUCUACUUUAAUGGCAGCAUCAGUGUUAUCCGAUUAACGAUUUGUUACUAUUAAAGUACAAAGCCUAGUUUUUCGUGACCUUUAAUUUUAUUUACAUAAUUGAAUAGAAUCGAAUUGCUACACUAAUUGGACCAUCAAUUAUUCAUUACCCAUAGAGAUAGUUACUCUGUUCGUUCAGAAUACGAGAAUGUUUAGGGUUUACUGCCAUUCAAAUCAGGGGAAUGCUUUCCAUGACUUUCAUUUGAACUCCGUUUUAUUUCGGUAUUUAUCAGUCUUAUUAUGCUUUGCAUUCUAAUUCUUGUUUACUUGAUUUUUGCUGUAGACGCGAGGUAUGUAAGGUUAAAUAUAGGUUUUUAAAUGUAAAUAGAAUAAUAUACACACUUCUUGACAGUUUCCCUAGACGAUAUCCUUUUAUUUUAUAAUACAGCCUAGUUGAUUAAUUAAUUUGUUCAGCUAUUUGUCGAGCGAACAGAAGUACGAAGGAGGAAAGUCUCUGAUGUCAGUUAUCGAAGCUGUGGCUAAAGGGAUUCUGCUUCGAAAUCGCUGCGUUAAUUUGAUUGUCGAUAAGUACUAUCAUCAAAUUUUAAAUCUUGAUUGGAACAAGAGGUUCAGCUAUGUGUCGGUUUAUAUGAUUGUCAUUAGAGAAAAUGAUGAUUUUUUUCCACCGAAACGGAGAUUUCACGAAGUUCUUCGAGCCAGCAAAGCAACUGAUUGCAGUGCGUACAUAAUUCUCAAUACAAAUGGGCUACAAGUAUCCCGUAUGCUUCAAUAUGUGGAGAAGGAACGUCUAAUUAACACCCGUGGAGACUUGAUACUUCUACAUGAUGAUCGUUUAUUCAACUCCAGCACAAAUUAUAUUUGGAACAGGAUAGUGAACGUACUAUUUAUUCGUAUUUAUAAUUCUGCUAAACGACGCUCAGGAGAACAAACUUUUCCUAAAUGGUUUGACCUUAGUACGGUACCAUUACCAUACCAGAGCGAAGGUGACCUACAACUGCAAUAUAUUGAUACUUGGUAUCGUGGAAGGUUUCGAUACAAGAAUGAACAUUAUCCUGACAAAAGUAGAAACCUCCUCAAUCAGUCGCUCAGGGUGCCCAUAUUUCCUCACAUUCCGGCGGUCAGUGAAAAACUGAAAAUAUCACGUGACGGAAAUCUUGUUGACAAUUCGGUGGCAUUUGGCAUUGAGAUCGAGUUGAUAAAAAUUCUUGCCAAGGCUUUGAACUUUUGGCCUGUGGUGUAUGUUCCAUCUAAUGUGGAUAACGAAAAAUGGGGAACUGUUGGAGGGAACGAACGUUUCACAGGUCUCUUUGGCGAGGCAGCUUCUAGCAAUAGUCCAUUUCUACUUGGUGAUAUCCACUAUACUAGUAAUCAUUUGGAACUAUUUGAUUUAUCAGAGCCGUACAAUACCGAGUGUCUCACAUUUCUCACACCCGAAUCAUUGAAUGAUAAUUCCUGGAAAAUACUCAUCAUGCCUUUCAAGAUGUACAUGUGGUUGUCCGUUUUGACAGCUCUAUUCUUGGGAGGAUUAAUAUUUUACCAAUUCGCUCAUACAUACAAACGAACUCUGCACUUCUACAAAGAGAAGAUCACAGCUAAAAAUAUUAGUACGUUACAAGUUGUGAAACGGCACAAAAACACAACGGGUUCGCUGCUGAGUCUGUAUCCAUACACAGAAUUUCAAAAUAGCAUACUGUAUACUUAUGGGAUGCUGCUCUCGGUCUCGUUACCUCGCCUUCCCAAUGCUUGGGCUCUUCGGGUGUUUAUAGGAUGGUGGUGGCUUUACAGCAUACUAGUCGCUGUAGCGUAUCGUGCCAGCAUGACAGCUAUUCUUGCAAAUCCUAUGAGCAGAGUAACGAUAGAUACUUUGAAUCAGUUAGCAAGCAGUCAAAUUGCCGUAGGUGGAUGGAGUGAGGAAAUGAAAGACUUUUUUCUGUCUUCUCUCGAUACCGACUCUCAAGAAAUUGGUAACAAGUUUGAGGUAAUAACUCAGGAUAAUGAAGCUAUUUCAUGGGUUGCUGCAGGAAAAUUUGCUUACUACGAAAAUAAGUAUUUCCUCCGUCACGCUCGUGCAAAAAGACAGAAACUGGAAGAAGCACAGAAGUUGAAUGCAACCAAGCAUCACAAAACAGUCACCAUCGAUCGAAACCUGCACAUAAUGUCCGAGUGCGUUAUUCACAUGCCUAUUUCCCUUGGUCUCGAUAGAAACUCUCCACUCAAACGGCGUGUAGAUCUUGUGAUACGACGCGUUACAGAAACUGGCUUAAUACAAAAAUGGCUCAGCGAUACAAUGGAGUGGACCAUCAAUGCAGAAAGACCACAGGAGAGUAGUUCCACAAAGGGACUAAUAAACCUUCGUAAGCUGUACGGAGCAUUGCUUGCUCUUGGAAUUGGCUAUAUUGCUAGUUUCAUUGCAUUAGUAGGUGAGAUUUACUAUUGGAAAUGUAUCGUACAGCGUCAUCCUACUUACGACAAGUAUCACUUGGAUUUGUACUACAAACUGAACGAGUAGUUAAAUGCUCGUGAGUCAAGAUAGAGAGCUUCAUUCAAGUUUAUUACAAUAAAGUAUAAUAAAAAGAUGUACCCUAUAACGUUGACUCAAGUCAGUCAACGCCUGUAGGUAGCUAUGUGAAACAUUUAAUUCACAUAUUGCGUUCGAUUUCAGAAUUUUAUUUCUUACUGUAAAACAAAUGCAUAGGUAUUGUACGUACAUAUGUCGAUUUGGCACUGUCGUACUGAGUUUAAAAAUCACUUGUGUGAUUAUUUAUUGCGUUGGCUGAAGAACAUUCAGUCCACGUUUAUUUUCAAAAAUGUGAGAGUCAUUCGAGUUUGAAUUUGGCGGCAUUGAAGGAACCACAAACUGUACGAGGAUGGAACAAGAGCCUAGAAACCAAUAGAAACAUAGGGUGCGUUUUAUUUGUCUCCUUUCGAAAACGAAAGAACUGAAAG